GACGCUCAAUUCGUGUUAUUUGAGAGUAUUCGAGGAAAUAAAUCAAACUUCGUAAAUAUGAAGAUGUUCAUACCACUUCUCUGUCUCCUGUCAUUUACCAUCGCAGAACCUCCUGUUGGGGACAGCUACGCAUCAGCAAGAUCGAGCCAUGACUACGACAACCAUGACUUCCAAAGAUCUCCUUCCCGGCAGUACGGGACUCCUCCCAAAUUCUUGCGUCUCGGAACUCCUUACGAAUAUGGGCCUCCAAAAUCCAAAUCUUCGACUACUCUUUCUUCUACUUAUGGUCUUCCGACAACCCGAAUCUCUGAAGAUUAUGCAGUGCCAAGCGCCAGGAAUUUCCCGAAAUUUUCUCAGGAUUACGGAGUCCCAGACACCCGAAGUCUUUCUCAAGAAUACGGAAUCCCAGAAACCCGAAACAUAGCUUUAGAAUAUGGUGUUCCAUCCAGAAAAUCACAAAAUUAUGGCACGUCAAAAUCCCAGAACGCGUUAUCAAGAGGAUAUGCUACGAAAUCCCGAAACGCUGUCUCACAAGAAUAUGGUGUCCCAAAAGUGCGAAGCCAAUCCCAAGAGUAUGGAACACCAGCUCAAAACAGUUUACAAGGAUAUGGAAUACCAUCAGCUCUACCUAACCAGUUCAGCAAGCCAGUUCAACAUUCGCUUAGCAAUAUAGAAAACCCAUCAGCUCUUUACGGAUCUCCGCAUUCUCAAGCUGAACGUCUGCCAAAACCUCGCAGUCAAUACUUACCUCAAAGAUCAAUUUCAAGUAUUAUUCCAAAGAGUUCGAGCAAUGACGGCGCUUCCAAUAUAGAUUUGUCUUACGGAGUCCCAAGCUCUUCAGAUUACUCUGAAGGAUUUAGUGACUUUGGUGCGAGGGUAUCAGAAUAUAUAGGGUCAUCAAAGUCAUUGUCCCAGAAUUAUGGUGCGCCAAGUGCUUUGAAAACGAAUGCUGUGGCAUCAUCGUAUUCUUCAGUUAGAUCGCCCUCCUCGACUUACGGGGCACCUUCCACUCGUGAUGCAGCACCUUCCGAAGCAUACGGAGUCCCUGAACAGUACAAUGCUAGAUCCAGCCAGGGUUACGAGUAUGCAAGAGCUGGUGAUGAGGAUAAUCAGGAGCCGGCCAACUACGACUUCAACUACAAAGUGAAUGACUACAUCACGGGAAGCGAUUUUGGGCACAGCGAGACACGCCAAGACAACAGAGCUGAAGGGACCUAUUUUGUAGUCUUACCCGAUGGUACUAAACAGGUGGUGGAAUACGAAGCCGACGAGCGUGGUUUCAAGCCACGGAUAUCCGUGGAGCCAGCGCUCCGUUCUGGGUACGAUGACAACGCUGCUGACCUUACUGCCUCCGAUGGACAUUAUUAAUGCGACUUUAUUUGGAAGUGUCAACGGAUUGAAAUUUAACAAAAUACGACGGAAACUUUAUUAUACUAACUUGGAUCUUCAUUGGAAAUUACGUAUUCAAAAUGAGCAAAAUAAUACGUCAGAAAAUACGCUGCGGAAUUUCUGUGUGGUAAUACUUUUUACAAACCGCAUUUUAUUGACAUCCGAAUUUUGAUUACGAAGCCAAUGUUUACAAUAAGUAAAAAUUGCAAGUUGAAUUCUGUCAACGAUAUCUGUAUUUUUUUUAAGAUUAAACUGUGGAAUAACUGCUUAAGUUUUUGAAUAAAUAAAAAUAUUAUAUACCUACUUUAAAACAGACGCGUAAAUGGCAACUAAAUCAUUAAAACUACACCGACAUUAAUUGUUUCUUCCUAAUUAUCAUUUAUAUAGAAAUUUCUAGAAUAUUUCACUUAAAUCAUAAGCCUUGUACAUGCAAUAAUUGAUUGAGAUCUGUUAUAAUCUAUUUAUUUUGUAGUACAUACUUAUUUUGACAUUCGAAUUAUUAAACCUUUUGGGUGUCUGCUAUUUUUAAUUCUGCAUUUAGUCUAUUAAACAAGUUUCAAGUAAAUUUCAUUCGACACUUCGUAUAGAUAUGACUGUUUUAUAACUAUUCACUUGUGAGCAUAGAUUAGAUUUUCUAUUUGAUCGGGUUGUAUAUUUAUGUGACGAGUAGUAUUUAUGUGAAACAGCCUUUUAGAUAACAAUUUUACUCUUUCUUCCAAUUAGAAUCGGAUAUUUUAUAAAACCA